AAAAACACCACAGACACCACAGCAGACUGCCUUCGAUUGAGUUCGCUGGGAUUCGGCCAACAGUCGAAGUUCGUACCGUGUCAGGAGCAGAUGAUGAUCCGGCGCUCACUCAAUUAACGGCUCGCACCUCCGACUUUGAGCGGCGCCAUCAGUGCAUUACUAUUCGGUGUCUAUCUAGUCCAUUUCAUUUCAUUUCAUUUCAUUUCAUUUCGAUUCGGUUCGAUAUCGGUUUGGCAAUCGUCUGGAGGUAAACAGGCAUAAAUUGGACGCUCUAACGUAAACAAAAAAGUGUUCGGAGCAAAUAGAUUGCAACCAAACAGAGAGAUCAGCAGUCAAAAAUGUCUCUUCGAAUGGCGCAGUUUGGCCUCCUCUUCAUCCUUGCGGCAGCACACUCUUCGUCGGGAUACCACGAAGAGACGCACUAUCCUUGCGCCUUUAUCGACACGGCAAAUAUCACGGGAAGCUACGGUUCGGAUGGUUCCUACGUGCACAACUGGACUGUGAUUCCCCACCAUUUCGUGGCCGUCUAUGACUUUGUCAUCGAGAACGGCAUCCGCAUUCCGGCAACACCACAUCUGAGGGCCUGUGUCUGCAAAAAGACUCCUUGCGUGCGGAUUUGCUGUCAGGAGGGCGAGAUCUACGACCUAGAGAGGAGGCAAUGUUCAGUCCCAACCGCCGAGCUGUCCACUCUUCCCUCGCAGAGCCACAUGGAGGUGGAGUUGAACAAUGGCAGUCUGAGGGAUGUGGCACUGCAGCCACGUUUUAGUAUCCAUGUGGACACUCCGUGUGGGCACAUGAAGGCGGUCACCAAGGGAUUCGAAUACGUUCAUUGGACACUACACGAGAACGGAACAAUUAGCCAUCGGGGUCACAUAUUCUCCAAGCACUAUUGCUUCACUCCCCUGCUCCAUGGGAACUUCACUUGGGAGUGGCAACCAUUGGCCUGCGCCCCAGAGAAGCUACACUUUGUUUUGGGCGUGCGGGAAUGGACCUACGCCAUAUGCCUCUUGAUUGCGAUAAUAUCCAUGUUUAUUGUGCUAAUGGUGUACCUGUUGUGCUCGGAGAUGCGCAACAGUUUUUAUGGUGUGGCCAUCAAGACAUACGCCAUCUGUAUGAUCUUGGGAUAUGCCCUGUUGGGUUAUCUCACGCUGCACAACCCAGCGAAUCUCUCUAUUGCGGCUUGUCGCAUUCUACCUAGCUUGGCGCUAAUGUAUCUGGUUCUUUCAUUUUACAUCCUAAGCUUCAUUUCGUUCAAGCUCUACCUGAGCUUCCACGGCGUGGUCUUCACCAAACUGAUGUUUUGGCUGAUCUUCACUCCGAUCGUACUGAUCGCAGUGGGAUGGUCUUUUUUUGUGGGCUUUAGUUACUAUGGUUACCGGCUGAUUUUUGGAGGCGAUACCUGCUGGUUUGAUCCUCGUAAUUGGUCAAUUAUGAUUUAUUUGUACGCCCCCGUUUUUGUUGCCUGUGCCAUUUGCGGAUUCUUCUAUAUUCUCAGUCUGAUCUAUAUCAGUGAACAGCCCGAGAUCGAGACUGAGAAGAGCUUCGAAUCCAUCGAGAAAAACCGCUUCAGGUCCUUUUGGAAGUACGUCGGCUACACGGCACUUGUGUGGCUCGUUUGCGUAUGCGUUUUUGCAUUUAACUACUACCGGGAGGAGCGAUCACACCUCAACUAUGCUGUGAGCUUCUGCAUGGCUUUCCAUGGUUUUGCGGCGCUUUAUGCCCUUAUUGGAAAAAAUCAGCAGAUCCAGAACUUUCUGCGGCGCAUAGAUAAUGAGGAGGACACCUGCGAGAACUCCGUACCGCUGUCGAGUUUUGGUUGAAAUACAAUUUGGUAGUACAGUUUUCUGGUCACUGUGCAGCUUUAGAGCAACUGGAAGCGAUUAGUCGGGCCAACAACCCUGAACAAUCUUUCUUAAACCAGCUGUCAGUCUAGACAAAAACCAUAUAGAGAAUAUUUUAAAAUAUGUUUAAGAUGUGUAAAAUAUGUGAAAGACUAACAUGUUUAGUCGUUUUACUUUAAAUAUAAUUAAAUGUGAAUAUUUAUGGGCUUUGUUUGUACACAAUGGACAAUAGGUAUCAAUAAAUGAAUUUUUUUAA